AAAAGAAUCCGUCCGCCCCGCCUCCCCGCGCGAUCCAGGGGCGGGCGGCGGAGGGAUCCGUAGGGCGGCCGAAUUCACCUUGAGGAGCGGCGGGGCGGGGUCGCAGAGAAGCUGAAGCUUUCGGGGAGAACGGACGUGGUGAGGAGCAGCAGGUAAAGAAUCCCAGCAAUCAUGUCUAAGCACCACGAUGCUUUCAUCCAGACCCAGCAGCUACAUGCUGCCAUGGCAGACACUUUUCUGGAGCAUAUGUGCCGCCUGGACAUUGAUUCUGAGCCAAUCACAGCACGAAACACCGGCAUUAUCUGCACUAUUGGCCCAGCUUCCUGCUCAGUGGAAAUGCUCAGAGAAAUGAUUAAAUCCGGAAUGAAUGUUGCCCGUCUCAACUUCUCUCAUGGAACUCAUGAGUACCAUGAAAGAACAAUCAGGAAUGUGCGAGAAGCUACAGAGAGCUUUGCUUCUGAUCCCAUCACCUACAGACCUGUGGCUAUAGCACUGGAUACCAAGGGACCUGAAAUCCGAACUGGACUUAUCAAGGGAAGUGGCACAGCAGAGGUGGAACUUAAGAAGGGAGCAACUCUCAAAGUGACCUUGGACAACGCCUUCAUGGAAAAGUGCGAUGAAAAUGUACUGUGGCUGGACUACAAGAACCUCCCCAAUGUUGUGGAUGUGGGCAGUAAAAUCUAUAUAGACGAUGGCCUCAUUUCUCUGCAGGUUAAGGGGAAAGGUGCAGACUAUGUUCUCACUGAAGUUGAGAAUGGUGGUAUGCUUGGUAGCAAGAAGGGUGUAAAUCUGCCUGGUGCUGCAGUGGACCUUCCUGCAGUCUCCGAGAAGGACAUUCAAGAUCUGAAAUUUGGUGUGGAGCAGGAUGUGGACAUGGUGUUUGCUUCCUUCAUCCGCAAGGCAGCUGAUGUCCAUGCUGUCAGGCAAGUGCUGGGAGAAAAGGGGAAGAACAUCAAGAUCAUCAGCAAGAUUGAGAACCAUGAGGGCGUGCGCAGGUUUGAUGAGGUUCUGGAGGCCAGCGAUGGCAUCAUGGUGGCCCGUGGUGACUUGGGUAUUGAGAUCCCUGCUGAAAAAGUCUUCUUAGCCCAGAAGAUGAUGAUUGGACGUUGCAACAGGGCUGGGAAGCCCAUUAUCUGUGCUACUCAGAUGUUGGAGAGUAUGAUUAAGAAACCUCGCCCAACCCGUGCUGAGGGCAGUGACGUAGCUAAUGCCGUCUUGGAUGGAGCAGACUGCAUCAUGCUGUCUGGGGAGACUGCCAAAGGAGACUACCCUCUUGAGGCUGUCCGCAUGCAGCACGCUAUCGCUCGCGAGGCUGAGGCCGCAAUUUUUCACCGUCAGCUGUUUGAAGAACUUUUCCGCAUCACUGCUAACAACAGAGACCCUGCUGAUGCCAUGGCUGUAGGCGCUGUGGAGGCCUCUUUUAAGUGCUUAGCUCCAGCUCUGAUAGUUCUGACCGAGUCUGGCAGAUCUGCUCACCUGGUGUCCAGGUUCCGUCCACGUGCUCCCAUCAUUGCUGUGACUCGUAAUGGACAGACAGCACGCCAGGCCCAUCUGUACCGUGGCAUUUUCCCUGUGUUGUGCAAAGAACCCACCCUUGAUGCAUGGGCUGAGGAUGUGGAUCUCAGAGUUAACCUGGGCAUGAAUGUUGGCAAAGCACGUGGCUUCUUCAAGACUGGCGAUCUUGUCAUUGUACUUACAGGAUGGCGCCCUGGGUCCGGCUACACCAACACCAUGCGUGUGGUGCCAGUUCCAUGAACACCAACUCUCAAACUCCCCAGCAACACCUUCCCUCUUCCCCCUUCCCUCACUUUCUUCUCCUCUGCUCUACCCCCUUGCAUUAGGCUGGCAAUUGCUUGCAAUGUUAUCCGUGUGUAGAGUGGAUAUAGGUUGCUAAACACCACCAAAUGCAGCAGAGGGGGAAGGAGGACCUUUAAGUCACUCUAAAAGAAUACUUGAAAUGUUUUAGUUUUUGAAAAGUAAAUGGCCUUUUUCCCCUAAGGUGAUUCUGCCCUGAAGUAGUUGGGAGUUGCUGUAUGAAAUUCCUGCAUGGUGACUGAACUUGUGCUGCUCAUCCCCCUCUUUGUAGACUGGAUACUACCUUAAGGGUGACUACUAUGCCUUUCCCUGCACCUUUCUCAGGAGUGCAGGGUAAGGAGGCAAUAACAAGGUGAUUGUCAGAGUUCCAGUGUUAACACUCUGCAACAGGCAGAGUACAGCUCUGUACCCUGUAGGUUCAGAUAAUCAACGGCAUAAUUUAAUGCCUCCCUUCUCUGCCAUGUCCUCCUAAUUACUCCCACUCUGCAAACUUGUACUCUGUCACCAAUGCACUCCAGUUUAGGAGCUGUGAUAGAUUAAGUCAUGGGUCUAUGUAGCCACACUUGCAGUAUGUAAACUAGUCUUCUUGUCUCCCCCUCCAGAUUUACAGUGGCUCGUUGCACUCCAUAAUUUAAACUCCACUACAGAUACAUUGUGUAUCUACCACCAAUGGAUGUUGAUGAAAGAUUAAGAUGUGCUUAACCCUUUAAGUCCUAAAAUAGCAACUUCCAUGAGACAUACUACUGUGUAUCCCCCUCCCAGUGCAAAUGGAGAGAACGACUCCAGGGUUCCAGUAUACCUGGAAAACAGUGAUCGAAACCUCCAGCACAGACCAAAGUCUAAGAUGCAAUUCAGGCCUGGGUUCCUUCUAAGUCACUUAGUUUGUCAUUUAUGGGCAGCAGGGAGAAAUAGAACAAGGAUAAAACAGGGGGUUUGCCUUUAAAGGGUUGAGUGCUGCAUUUCCACUUCCUGUGCUGCUGAGAGCUCCCUUUGCUCCUACUGCAGUGUAGCAUAUCUGUCUGAGUUGAGUAGUCCUGUUUCCUGAGAACAUUCUCCUAUGUUGUAAAUCUGGACAAGUUAUUUACUGUAACAGGUGUAUUGGGUUGUAGAGCACAACUAUGUGCAUCAAUAAAAAAAAAAAAAGCUGAAGCACCCAUCA